UGGGUCGAAUGUUCAGUGUAGUGAUGAAGUGUCAAAAAUCCAGUUAGAGGUUAUUGAAAUGUCAAACCAAGUCAUACAAUAGUCUGUUUUUCAUAAAUUAAGCUCGAAAUUAAGUCAAAUAUGCCUGCUGCAGUAGCAGACAAAGGAGACACUGACCGCUCUGAGCAGAUGUGGAAUGCUUUAAAAAGGCAUAUAUUAAGAGAAAGAGAACGAAAAAAACAAGAGCGUGAACAAGAAGUUGAAGAAGAGCGAUUACGUAAAGAAAGAGAAGCCAGAGAACAGCAGGAUGUAAUGACUUUGGGAGAAACUCGAGAACAAAUUCAGCAAUUGGAAGCUAAACUUAGAAAACUUAAAGAAGAAAAGCAUCAGUUAUUUUUGCAGCUCAAGAAAGUUUUAAACGAAGAUGAUAACAGGAGAAGACAACUUGUAAAAGAAUCAAAUGAAAUGCUUACUAUCCAGACUUUAUCAACAUCAGGAAUGGUUCAAACACGAAUAUUUUUACCACAAUCUUUGGCAGGGCCUCCUCCUAUACCACAAAAUUUUAAAUUUGGUAAAAGACUUAGAAGUCCCAGUCCUCCACAUUCAACACCAGCAUCUAUUUAUCAUCAAUCUUAUGCUUACAAACCUGCUGCUGUUACAAAUUCCUCUUAUCAGACUUCUCCCCAAAAAACACCUCAAUAUAGUGGCAUUUGUGGAUACCCGGUACCUCCCCAAGAACUCUCCAUUUAUUAUCCUCAAAAUCCUCUGACAUCAAGGGAACAGCCCAGAGGUCUUUAUGAGUCACCUCGUACUCAAGCUUAUCAUAUUGAUCAAAAAUCUUUAGAACAUUAUGCUCUAAGACCACCAUCACACCUGAUUCACAUGAAUCCUGCACAAAAAACUGGUGGUAUCACUUCUGGAUAUCCCAUACGUCAAACAACGUAUCAAACUGCCCCUGCUCCUGCUCCUGCACCUGCAUCUGCCCUUUACACAACACAAAGUCAGCCUUUGUAUCGUCCUGUAAGUAUGACCAUGAAAUAUCCUAAUCGAGAAUAAAAUAAUAAAUACCUAUCAUAAAAUAUUGUAUUAAUACAAUGGCUAAAAUAAAAUGUUAUUGUUGGGUCUAAUAAUACUUUUGGAUAAAUAUAUUUAAAAACUUGAA